GGCGAUACCUUCGGCAGGCAGAGCAGUGGUGGCCGCGAUCGGGCUUGAUGAGGCAGCAGUCCUCGCAGUAUCGCACGCAGCCAUCGGCACCGAAGGCGGUCACAGCGUCUAUCCCGCCCGUGCCAGCGCGAUAUUACGUGAACGCAGUGAACCGCAGGAUGAUAGAGGAGAGCAAGACGUACGAGGAGAAAAAAGAACUGCUCGAGGCACUGGGCGCCAACAGAGGCAUCCUGACGCGCGCUGCUGACGGAAGCGUGCGCUACUGCGAACAGUGUGGACUCGUCAAGCCUGACCGCAGCCACCACUGCUCUUGCUGCCGGAGGUGCAUCUUGAAGAUGGAUCACCACUGUCCCUGGCUUAACAACUGCGUGGGCUUCAACACCUACAAGUACUUCCUGCUCACGCUGUUCUACGUGGUGGUGCUGGCGUCGUACACGUUCGUCACCGUCUCGUCGUACGCCUUGGACGCUUCGAGCGCGCUGGGAAUGUCCACGGGCGUCCUGGUUCACACCGGUUUCCUGUUGUUGGCCGGCACCGCGCUCACGGUUCUCAUAGGCGGCUUCUUCGGCGUCCACGUGCGCAUCCUGUGCCGUAACGAGACCACGCUGGAGACCAUGCGCCCUUUCAUCUUCGUCGAGUCGCUCGACUCGUUCGACCUCGGCGUUCGCAAAAACAUUGCCGAGGUAACAAAGUUGAAUGAAGGGCGAAGCGUUAGAACAACAAGUUAUGAAAUUCAGGCAUAUAAGUAUGUGUUGCUAAGAAUACUGCUGAACAGUUGCCGUAGCCUGUAGAAUUGAGUUAAGGGGUCUGUUUACAAGCCGCAACAGGAGGCAUGCGCUGCUUUAGUUGCGUCCUGUUCACAUUAACUUCGUAAUAUGUUCGAACGAUCUUCACAACACAUACUGACGUUGUCUGAAGCGUGUGCCGCUAUGAAAACAGGAAGGUAAGACUAUGAAGCGAAACACGACAAACCCUUUCUUAACGGUUCUUUCAUUCGUAAGCUUCCGCAAACCUUUCUUAGUUCUCAGUAACACUAUCGCACUAGCGUUUCGGUGAUGAGCUCAAUUCUCUGCGCCUUUAUUUUCUUGGUUACGACAAAUUACAGCUUUGCCACGUAUGCAUGAUUAUUGGUUAAAUCUCACUUGUCGGAAUAAAAAAAAAUCAGUAGCGACAUGA